AUGUAUUCUCCCACCGAUGAAAUUAUUCUUCACGCUCAAAGGGCAUUUGAUGUAUGUAGAGAGCAAGUUUAUGAUUAUGAAGAUUGCAGGCAGCUAGACUAUAUGGGUCAGCAUCGUCCUGAACUCUGCCAAAAAGAAUCUCUAAACCUACUAAAAUGCUAUGAAAAAGUUGAAGAAACUGAGCCAAUCUGCUUAGGCCCUAUGAAUAAUUAUAGAGAAUGCUUUUAUAAGUACUCAGGAAAUCUACUUGCUUGUGAGUUUGAAAUGGAUCUCUUCAAUAAAUGCCAGGGAAAUCCUAAAUGGUAUGCAGAAGAAGGAAUCAAGAAGUAUGGUGGAAUCCGCCCAGACUAUGAUACCAAGAAAGACAGGCCUAGAUUCUAA